AUUAAUACUUGAACAAUAUUUAAUGAAUACAAAACUAGAAAAAUUAUCAUGUUUAAUAAAAUCAAUAAAAAAUUUAUUACCUGACACUUCCGUUGAUACAUCACUAAUAUGUGUAAAUUCAGUGGAUAAUUUAUUACGAUUUUACGCAGAAAAAGCAUUGGAGUUUCGUAUUCGAUUGAAAUCAGAUGAUUCUGACGAAAAUUCUAGUGCGGUUACAAGUAAUCGAAGUAUGGAUGGAAGUCCGAAUCAUUUGUUACAGUCAAUUGAUUCGUUAAAUACAGUUUGUUCGACAGCGGAAACAGAAAUAUUUGUUAUGCCUGAACAACCACCAAAGAAAUGUGAUUGGAUGCAAGAUUAUGAUACAAAUGUUUGCUUAUGUUGUCAUGAAACUAUUUUUUCAAUGUUUAAUAGACGCCAUCAUUGCCGUCGUUGUGGACGUGUGGUUUGUGGUAACUGUUCGAGAAAACGGUUAAAAAUAUCAAUUUAUGGAGAUUUACUUGUUCGUGUAUGUAAUCAAUGUUAUAACUUAUCAAUAGAACCUGAAAAUUUUGAUGGCAAUACUUCAGCAAUUGUUGAUCGUCCCGAAAGUGAAACUUUUGUUGAUUUUUGGUGGUUGACUAAUAAUACAAUACACAAUUCAACCAUGCGAGACGAAUUUUCAUUUGAAUAUGCACCAAGUGUUUCACUUUGUUUAUCAAUUCUAAAAUUACAUUCACAAAAUGAAAAUUAUACAAAUUUUCUACUAAAUCAAUGUAAUUCGAUAUUACGUAUGGUAUUGUCAUUAAAAGUAGUGCUUUAUAAUGAAAUUGAUUAUAACAUGGUUUUUCAAAUGUUAAGAUCUCUAUUGGUGGCAGCAAAAGUAAACAGUGCACGUAAUAACUACGAUACAAAACUUGGGUCAUGUGAUCAACUUUUAGGACAAAUUGAUAUUUUAAAUUUACUAGCAGCUAAUGAUUGUUUAGAUCUAUUACCGACAAAUUUUGUAAAUGAAAAUUUUAAGUAUAAAAAGACACCGUUAAGUGGAAUGAGUGUACGAAAGUUACGUGAUAAUCUAAUGGAACAUGAAAAGUGGAAUUUAGCGAUUGAAAUUUCAACUAAAACAGGAUUAGAUACUACUGGGGUAUUUGCAGCGUGGGGUAAAUCAUGUUUAAAGGCUGGUUGUUUUCAACAAGCUCGUGAAAUAUUUCAAUAUUGUCUUGAUAAAGUAAACGACGAUACAAUUGAUUCUGAAGACUCGGAAAAAUUAUCAGUGAAUCGAUUACGACAUUCUGAAACGCGAUUAUCUAAUAUCAGUAUUGGUUCAACAAGUCGCCCACAAAAAAAUCCAGCAUUAGUCAAUGAAAUUAUUGAAAUAUUAGAAUCAACAUCGUGUAUUAUUGAUCCAACAGUGUUACGGAAUGCAGAAACUACCCGAAAUUAUAAACCACCUAUUAAAUCGAAUACAUCAACAGCUGUUAGUGUUGGCUCAACAGAUUCUGCGUUACACAUUUUAAAUAAACUAGCAAAUUUAAAAAAUAUUUCUAUGGGUAAUUUUAAUACGUUAUAUUCGGAUGGCAGUGACAUUAAUGCAACUCAACAACAACGUCAUUCAAUUUUAAGCCGAAAAAAUUCUAAAAUACAAACAUUAAAACCGUCUCAAUAUAAGUUAUACGUUGAUCAGUGUAUUCAUAAUGAGUGUCUUUAUUAUUUACGAACCUAUGGAUCACAUUCGGGAUUACUUGAGUAUCAUUUACAACAUCAUAAUGUUCGAGAUGCGGUUGUUUAUUUACAAGAGAAUAAAUUAAGUAGUGAUUACUAUGUUGAAUUGUAUGUACAUUGUUUGAAAAGUGGAUGUGUUCAUUAUUUACAACAGAUAUUCAUUGACAUUGAUAGUACUUUAGAUACAUGGAAAGAUGGUUUAAGACAUAUUUGCAGAUAUUUAGAACAAAAUGGUCUUUUAAACGUUCUGUACCAAAUUCAAGAAUGGUUAGGUGAUCAUGUUCGAGCAGCAAUGACAUGUAUUAAAUUUUAUUCAUUAAAUGCAUCCAAUUACACAGAAUUACUUGGUAAUUUAGAGUAUCUUCAUAAAGCUCAAAAUCAUUUAAAGUAUGAACUUGAAAGUGAUAAUCAGUGGGUCCAAGUUGAACCAGUUAAAAAAUAUGAUAAUUCAGAAAAAUCGCUGGUAUUAAAAAUGAAUUCACGUGAAAUCGAUAAACAUAUUAAUACAAUUUGGAGGCAGAUUGAGAUUACAAAAUUUUUAGCAUCAAAUGAGAAAUGUGGUCGUAAAACUAUUGAUACAUUACCAGAAAUGUUUCACUUUUCAAAUGAAGGUAGUGUACAAAUACCGACAUUAUUUGGCUCGAAAGUAGAAAAAAUUCAAUUAGCCGUAUUAGCUAUUACAAGUGGUGAAAAUAUAACUGAAGGAUUCGGUAUUGCAUUUAGAAUAAUUCAAGAUUUUCAACUAAAUUCAUCUAAGAUUUAUUGUAUAGUUGCAAAACAAUUAGCACAAAAUUAUAAUUGUAACGAUAUUGAAAAACUAGUGGAUUGUAUCGCAACUAGUGGAAUGUCUGAAGAAAGUACAUCAGUUGUAUGUGAUGAAGUAAUUUCAUUAUCAAUACGUACUAUGUGUACAGAUAAUAUGGGGGCAUCCUGCUCUAUGACACAAAUAGAAUCUCUUAUUAAAUUAAUUCAUGAUGUUAAUAUAAAAAUAACCGCAUAUAUUGAUUCAAAGCAAUUGAAAUCAGCAUAUUUAUUAGCAGUUCGUAAUGACAGAAUACGUGAUAUUCGGCGUAUUUUACGAGAAGCUGAACGACUUAAUCAACCGCAUAUUCGUACCAUAUGCAUCAAACGAUUGUCGCAAAUUAAAGAUAACAAUAGCUCUGAGCGAAAUUACAUUUCUGAAUGAGUUCUCAUCAGUUUUAUGUGCAGCUAAAAAAAGACAUAAAAAUUGUAUACAAAUUUUAACUAAAAAUAUUUUUUAAUAAAAUUUU